GGUCAACGGCUGUGACCAGUCAACGCUCGACGAUUGUGGACGAUUGCGAUCGCGAUGGAGAAUGAAUCGACGGCUAUGGUUGAUGAUGGAAACAGAAAGGACAGUCAUGCCGCGUUAGGGAUACCGGCGCAUAGAACCGAUAGAAGACCGGCGGGUAGAAACGACAAUGGGAUAGCGGAAGGAUCACCGAACUCAGAGGAGAAGACAACAGAGAGCGGCUGGGAUACCGGCGGCGCAGCGGAGACAAGAAACGGGGGAGAAGUAGCGACUACGUCUCGGCAAUCGGAAGCGGGCGGGGACUCUAGCGAUGGCGAGGGGAGGCGCAAGCGGAAGCGGAAGAGCGGCUGGGAUACCGGCCCCGCAGGUCAGUCCCCUACAUCUGGAGGCGGACUUCUUCCUACUCCUGCAAUCAUCAGCAGUGCUCCGGCGCCGCCUCCCUUACCAAUUCCAUCUCCAGGGAUGAUGCAGCAGCAGGCUCUUCAGCAAGCUAGGGUAAUCGCGCAGCAAAAAGUUGCGGAGGUGACAGCUCAACAGCAGUCCAUCCAAGCGCAGAAAGAUCAAGCAAGAUCAGCAGAAGAAGAUUGCUUUGGUGCAAUCGCUCUCGUUCUCAUGGUGAUCUGGGCAUUGCCUGGGAUGGCACCAUCGCCGUGGCUGCUGGUCGCCAGGCGUAUAAAGGUUGGACGUCCAAACAAUGUGGCAGGAGUCAUUCCAUCCACCGGCAUUACAGUUACCCCAUCACCUAGUGCUCAGCCGAAUGCUGCUCUUGUUCAAGUCCAAGUGCAGGCACAGGCACAGGCACUAGCGGCGACGAUUGCUCUCCAGCAACAAAGGCAAGUUCAACAGCAGCAGCAACUCAUCCUGCAGCAGGCAGCAGCUCAGGCACAUGCUCACCAGGCGCACCAGCAACAGCAUCAACAACUCUUACUUCAGCAUCAUCAUCAGCAACAGCAGCAACAGCAGCAACAGCAGCAGCAGCAGCAGCAGCAACAACAACAGCAACAGCAGCAACAACAGCAACAAGCAGCUCUGCUUCAGCAACAGCACCAGGCCAGAUCACAUCCGGAAAAUUUGCCUCCCAACACAAGGAUAUAUGUCGGCUCGAUAUUCUAUGAAAUAAGUGAGGAAGAUGUGAAGGCAGUAUUCAGCGCCUUCGGUGCUAUUAGGUCAUGCCAGCUUAUACCAAAUCCUGAAACGGGCCGCCACAAAGGCUAUGGUUUUGUCGAAUUUGACUCACAUGAAGCGGCAAAAGCUGCAAUUGACAGCAUGAAUGGGUUCGAGUUGGGUGGCCGUCAGCUCAAGGUUGGGUGGGCGUCUUCGACCCAAGGGGGCAUGCCACAUGGACCCAGUGUUGCCCAGACUGCCACACAUCCGUUGCCGAUGCUACACCCCGGAGGCUUGUCCAUGCCCAGCCUGCAGCAUUCAAUGGCUCCUGGCUCUACGUUGAUGACCGCUGUCCCGGGACUUGCUGCAUUGCCGACACAAAGUGGUGCCUCCACUGCUGCAAGCAUGCCUGUUUCCCAGUCUGGUGCGAUCAUGCACCAAUCAGGGGUGGCGAAGGCGGCAGAGGAAUCGCUAGCUACGGAGGAGAACUUGUCGAUUCAUUCACAUCAAAGAUACGCUGUCAUGAGAAGACUCGCCUCAAGAGAUGCAGCAAGCAUAACUGUGCAACCAAAGGUGACAAGAUGUGUAGUAUUGCGAAAUAUGGUUGGGCCUGACGAUGUGGAUGAAGACUUGGAGUACGAGGUUACCGAAGAAUGCGGCAAGCAUGGGGUUGUUGAAAGAGUUGUCAUCUACCAGGAGCAGCAAUCAGAGAAACCAGGGGAUGCAAUUGUGAAAAUCUUUGUCCUAUUUAAGACCAUCACAGAGUCACAGAAGGCUUUGAAGGCACUCGAUAAGCGGUGGUUCGGCGGCAGGCAGAUUGAAGCAGAGAUGUACGAUGAAGCGAAAUUCAGCAAGAAGGAUCUAUCUGGCUGAUGAUCCUAGAGGAUGAUUUACCUCAUAGCCGGUUUUCUUAUUUGUUGCUUUCAUUUUUUUCUUUCAGGCUUUCAAGUUUUUGCAUUAUUUCUAGGACAAAUGAGGCGGCAGCCACUUGCACACACCACCCUCUCAGAUAUCCCCGCUUUAGUGGAGUUGCACCUAGCGAUGCGAAAAUACACACACACACACACACACACACACACACACACACACACACACACACACACACACACACACACACAGGCACACACUCAGGCACGCAUGCGAACACACAAAUGCAAACACGCGCACAACAUGAGUUGGGCACGUUUGCUGAAUCGUAUGUAGAUCAUGGCAUAGCAAAUUCUUUUGGAGGUGGAAUGGGAUUGAGUGAACCUAGUCAGAUUUGGAAUCGAAGUGCAUUUAGAUGUCGAGUCAUUGACGUCUAUACUGCACUCUGCUGUAUGAAAUAUACCCAUGCGGUGUGUGAGGGGCAGGCGAAGGGAUAGCCCUUUUGUGGGGAAGCCUAGAAGCGA